CGGGGCUCGGCGUCGGCGUGUGUAUCUGUUAGUGCAGCUGUAGUAUUUACAGCCCCGCUGCCCUUCCCGCGAGAAUGCCGUUAUUGUCAUUUACAUUAUUUCCCAAAAGGUUGCUUUAUAACAACAACUCCGUUUAUGUAAUCCUGCUGUGACUGUCUCUGUCGUAGUAUUUGCACAAGUGUCGUGCAGCGAGCAGAGGAAAGAGCGCGCGCUCCGAUCCCGCGAGUAAUGCCGUCUACGAUGGAGGGCUCGUCGGGGGAAGGUGACCUGUUUACCGUCAAACACGAGCUCAAAAACGCCAAUCUGACGGGUCACGUGGAGCGAGUGGGCAUUGAGAACUUUGAGCUGCUGAAAGUGCUGGGAACAGGAGCCUACGGCAAGGUGUUCUUGGUUCGCAAGGUGAGCGGCCAUGAUUCGGGGAAACUCUAUGCCAUGAAGGUGUUGAAAAAGGCCACUAUUGUGCAGAAGGCCAAGACAGCAGAGCACACACGCACGGAGAGACAGGUCCUCGAGCACAUCAGACAGUCUCCUUUCCUGGUUACACUCCAUUACGCCUUCCAGACAGACACCAAUCUGCAUCUCAUUCUAGACUAUGUGAACGGAGGUGAGCUCUUCACACACUUGGUCCAAAGAGUUCACUUUAAAAGGCAAGAGGUUACCUUGUACAGCGGGGAGAUUGUACUAGCCCUGGAGCACUUGCAUAAGCUGGGAAUUGUCUACAGAGACCUAAAACUUGAGAAUAUACUUCUUGAUUCAAACGGUCACAUCGUGUUGACGGACUUUGGCCUUAGUAAGGAGUUCCAUGAGGUAGAGAGGGCUUAUUCCAUCUGUGGCACUAUUGAGUACAUGGCUCCUGAGAUUGUAGCAGGAGGAGAGUCGGGACAUGACAAGGCGGUGGACUGGUGGAGUAUGGGAGUUCUGAUGUAUGAGCUGUUGACCGGAGGCUCUCCUUUCACUGUCGAUGGCAAUGAGAACUCUCAUUCUGACAUUGCUGAGAGAAUUAUGAACAAAGAUCCUCCAUUCCCCAAAGACAUGGGGCCUCUGGCCAAAGACAUUAUCCAGCAACUGCUAAUUAAAGACCCAAAGAAGAGGCUGGGCUCCGGGCCCUCUGGGGCCCAGAAUGUGAAAAGCCAUCCAUUUUACCAGAAAAUGAACUGGGAGGAUCUAGCUGCUAAGAAGGUUCCGGCUCCGUUUAAGCCUGUAAUUCGUGAUGAACUGGAUGUUAGCAACUUUGCUGAGGAGUUUACAGAGAUGGACCCGACAUACUCCCCAGCAGCACUUCCAAACAACUGUGACCGCAUCUUUCAGGGCUAUUCCUUCAUGGCUCCCUCCAUCCUGUUUAAGAGGAACGCGGUGAUGGACGAUCCGGGUCAGCUGUGCGGCGGGUCAGAGAGGCCGGGCUCCGCCGCUGUUGCCCGUAGUGCUAUGAUGAAGGACUCUCCGUUCUACAUGAACUAUGAGAUGGACCUGAGGGAGAACGCUCUGGGAGAGGGAAGCUUCUCCAUCUGCAGACAGUGCACUCACAAAAAGACUGGACAGAAAUAUGCCGUAAAGAUCGUCAGUAAAAGAAUGGAGGCACAGACACAGAAGGAGAUCGCUGCUCUCAAACUGUGUGAUGGACACCCCAACAUAGUCAAGCUACAUGAGAUCUACCAUGACCAGCUACACACAUAUCUUGUUCUGGAGCUCCUGCAAGGUGGAGAACUGCUGGAGAGGAUCAGGAGGAAGCAGCACUUCAGCGAGACGGAGGCCAGCCGCAUCAUGCGCAGACUGGUGUCUGCUGUCAGCCACAUGCAUGAUGUUGGUGUGGUGCACAGGGACCUUAAACCUGAGAAUUUACUCUUCACUGAUGACACUGAGAAUUCAGAGAUAAAAGUUAUUGACUUUGGCUUUGCACGGCUCAAACCCCCUGACAAUCAGCUCCUGAAGACCCCCUGCUUCACUCUUCAGUACGCUGCACCGGAAAUCCUCAAUUAUGACGGUUAUGAUGAGUCCUGUGACCUCUGGAGUUUAGGAGUUAUUUUGUACACCAUGCUGUCUGGCCAGGUCCCAUUUCAGUGCCAUGGGAAGAGUCUAAUGCACACCAGCGCGGAAGAGAUUAUGAGGAAGAUCAAACAAGGAGACUUCUCUUUCGAAGGUGAAGCCUGGAGGAAUGUGUCCAUUCAGGCCAAAGAUCUGAUACAAGAGCUGCUGACAGUGGACCCUAACAAGCGGAUAAAAAUGUGUGGCCUACGCUAUAAUGCCUGGCUGCAGGAUGACAGUCAGCUCUCUUCCAACCCUCUUAUGACCCCUGACAUCCUGGGAUCUUCUACCAUAUCAGUGCACACCUGUGUCAAAGCCACCUUCAAUGCCUUUAAUAAGUGUAAGCGGGAGGGCUUCCGACUCCAGACAGUUGACAAGGCUCCUUUGGCCAAACGCAGAAAGAUGAAGAAGACCAGCACCAGCACAGAGACCCGCAGCAGCUCCAGUGAGAGCACGCAAUCUUCGUCCUCUUCCUCACAGUCUCAGGAUAAGACUCCAACAGAUGGAGAGACAGCCAUUAUUCCCCAGGCCUCUGUGAGCACACCUCUCACUCUUGGUCCUGACGAUGAGCCCUCUCAAGGCGAGCCUCAGCCUGCCUUCACGUUUUCAUAGUGAACCCAUCUGAGAGUCGGACAACAGGAUAGGUUACAUAAUUAGGAUACAUAAUUAUCCCACCGUUCUUUCUCCUCAUGCUCUGGCAAGGCUGUACAACUCCAGAAUUUGCAUGCGAGGACCAACUCAAAUCCAUUACAAGCAAUAGAUGCAUACCAUGAGUGCUGAAGGCUGAGCUUGAGUGAACUUCUGGCUCACGUUCUGCAUGGCGAAACUCCACUGCAUCCAGUCCGCUGUCUCAAACAGGAGGGAGAACUUCACUUUUAGGAGCAUCAGACCUUCCACUGAUGGUGAAAAAAGGAAAGUCUGCGUCUGCAGUGUCAAAAAAGAAGAAAGGGAUAUGUAUUUUAAAAGAAUAUAAAUAGAAUUUGUAAAAGAGGAGAUUUAUUGUUUAUACAGACUUCUGUCAAAUUUGGUAUAUGAUACAUAUUUGGUAUAUAUUAAUUUGCCAAAUAUGACAGCUCCAUUUGUGCUGGGAGCUUCUUGGUAUUGAUUCACAUAUCUAAUUUCGGUCUUUGACUUCUUCCAAAAGAUUUUACUGAAGUAGCAAGUAUUAGGUGUUAAUAGUUUCCUUGGAAGCAUUUCAUUUCAUUGUAAAACUCUUGUUAGGUAACCAUUGCAAGGUAAAAAAAAAAAAAGUCAGUUUGUUUCUUAUUUAAAUGUUAUUUGAAAUUUCUGUUGAGAUCCUUUCCUCAGGUUAUUUAUUUGUUCUUUAAAACUUAUAUUCAUUUUUUAAGAGACUGAAGGUGAAGUCACAUUUACUCUUGCUCUAAGAAUUUUUAGGGGAGAAAUCCAGUUAUAUCCAUAGGAAUCUGUGCAUUUAGAAAUUUUGCAAAGGUGUGAAACAUUUCUCCACGCUGAUUUUAUGUCAGGUACAGUUUGUUUUCACACAAAUUUGAUGUGUUGACCAAAAGAAAGUGACUUCUGUGUGAGCAUUACUUCGUGCGUUGCUAAUAUCGACAGUAGACAGUGGAAUUUUUGGGGGGUUUAUUGCUGAAAUUUAGCUAAUGUGACCGCAUCUUAAAAUGAGAGAACUCUAGAGGUGUUGCUUUGGGUGUUGUUUUAUUCAAGGUUUUAUGCUUGAGUGUACGUCCAAGCUGAGAAUGAAUCUGCUUAAAGUCAACGUGAAUUUAAAAUCGAUUCAUUUUAAAUUUUGAAUCCACCAGAUUCUAUAGUAAACAGUGAGAAACCAAAAUGUAACUCUUUCUUCCCCUGCAAUGAUUAUUUAGGCCUCUCAAGCUAUUGGAUAAUGCUAACCAGUAGCUAAAUGGCUCUUUUGCAACAGUUUUAGAAAACUUGCAUUAAAUCUGACUGUAUUCUGCUUCGUAAUGCUGCCACUUUUCAUGAUCCAAUCAGUUUCUGGUGGAUGGACUCAUGUCCCUCCCUACAUUUUUCUUGUGAUACUGUUUCACUAGAGAAUCACAUGAGAGAAAGAAAAUGGGUUUUGAUUCAUGCUGACUUCAUGCAUCUGCAAAGCCUAAUGACACUCUUAUCUUACAGAAGAUAACUACGACUGCAGGGCCACAUUUUAGCCCGAAAAGAAGUUAUACGCUAGCUAAAAGACAUCUGUGGCUUCCUGUUUGAUAGUGACAUGUUGUGUUUUUGGCCCGGUGUUAGAUAAAAGAUGCUUUAAGACAUGUCGCGGCAGAGUCUGUGGUGUUUAAAACGAUGCUCUUGCAUUUUUUCUUCUUGGCGUCAUCUGUUUUACAAGCCUUUGAGGUUUUCUGACAACGAAGGUGCAGUGUUGCAGGACUCAAGUUCAUAUUUUCAGUAACGUUCUGACUCUUUUGAGUCCAAAUGUAGUCUUUUUCCUGACUUGAGUACUACACUCUUCUAUAGUAGCAAUGCCAUAGAGGAGCCAUUUUGGAUUCUCAAAACAACCUUUCAGUGAAGAGUUACUAAUGUAAAAAAUGUUUUCUAAGUGUGAAGAACAUUUAUUAAUCUGAAAACCCUUUUUCCACUUGGUUCCAUGGCUGUUAAAGGUUCCUCGAUGAACCGUUGAUGCCAAUGCAGAACCUUUAAUUUUCUACAACGCUGCUGAGCUUAAUAUGUGUUUCUCUGUGUUGGUGUUUUCUAGCUAGUGGUGGCAUUUUUACAGUUGAAAGGAAUGGUUUUAUCUUUAACCUGAAUGACUAUCUGUAUUAUUCAGAGCAUUACGCUGUGAUGGCUGACAUGGUGGUAUUCAUAUCUUUCAAGCACUAAAAAAACUAUUUGAAAGGCACUUGAACACUACAUUGCUAUGCAAAACUUAUUUUCUUCCUUUCCUCUUAUGUUUCUGUCCUGAAAGACUUUUAUGCAUUAGAAAAUCUAAACAGUGCCUCAUCAGUGCAAACGUAACUGCCAUUUAUAGGAACAGACGCAAGGCUGUGGUCUCUUUAAGUAAAUCAUGCAUUCCACUUCCUGUGCCCCAACCGAGAUGAGACAUCCUGUCAUUGAGCUUUUAAAUAGCAAAGGCUGGAUUGGGACCCAGCGGCGGGUACGCAUGCACAAAUGCACACACACAUAAACUGGUGCUCCUGCCCACUCGAACCCGGGCAAAGGACAAGAGCAAUAAGAACAGGAGGAGCUCAGCUCACUUUCAUGUGGCUGAAAGCCGCUGCGUUCGGCCUCUUCCCCAUCACUGCUCUCCCUGAAGCUCCCUCAUUACUGCCUCCUCCUUUUGUUUGGGUAUAUUAAUAGAACGGGAUUAGGGGAGGCAGAGAAAGUCCUACAUUUGAACUCUCCUUGGGGACAGAGGCAUUAUUGGAUGGUUUGCCGUGCCGCUCUUUGUCCCACUGGCUCCCUGCAUCCAUUCGCACAAACAUGGAGCUUGUUUUAAGUUUGAUACGUUUUCAGGAGGUUUUCCUUUUGUUUUAGCUGUUAUGAGAUUAAAGGCCAGACGUGGGUUUUCGUUCAGUGUUUAUAGAAGUGUAGUGAGCAUCGGCCCUUAAACUGAACCUAUUCCUUUGAUCUGUGCACUCCAUUUUUGUUGCCCUAUUUAGUGCUCUUUGGUGCUUGUAAAUUGUGUUGUCUGCUUGUGAAAUGUAACUGAGAGCCCCGUGCGCUUGUAUCUGUGAUAGCGGCGGGGGUGGGCGGCUCAUCUGCUCAUGGAGAUGGGCUGAUUAGACUUUUAAGAUACACCUUGAUUUUAAAGGGGCUGUGGAUUUGAAGUUGGAGAGUUGAGUUCGCCCCAAAUCAAAAUGCUGUCAUUUACUCACCAUCCAACGUUGUUCCAAUUCCAAACCUGUAUAAGUGUCUUUAUUCUGUUUAACAUAAAAGAAGAUAUUUUGAAGAAGGCUCUUUACCAAAUAUUUAAUUGUAGCUAUUGGUGGUGGGUGCUAAAAUAGCUACCGUCAAAUGUUUGGUUACCAACAUUCUUCAAAAUAUAUUUUUUUGUGUUCAACAGAUGAAAGAAAUUCACAAUGGUUUGGAAUAAGUGGAGUGGGUACAUGACAGAUUUGGAAUGCACUGUGAAUAGAUUUGUUUAAUUGCAUGGAAACUUGCUCUCAUUCUGGUUUGUGACAUCUUUAGUACAAAUUGUCUUGUUCUAGAGAUGGCUAUGAUCUAGGUGUUAAAGUCAAACUUUCAAAGAUCAAAAUUGUCAUUUGAAAUUAAAAAAAGAAAAGAAAAAAGCAAGUAGCCAGUAAUACAAAAAGUGGCUAGGGGUAGUUCACAAAUAACACCAUUGAGAUCUUUUUUCAGAAUCAAAAGUUUAGGUUAAAAUGUAGAAUUUUGAUAUGUAUAUCAGUGGUUCUCAGUGGCUUAGAUGUGCAAAAGUCAUGUAAAUUAGGAACAUUUUAAUAAUUCCAUGGGCAUUUUAAUAAUAAAAUUCCAAAUAUUUUAUCAGCUGAUAAUUUAGGAUAAAUAUUUUUGCUAAUCUUUUUCCUCGAUCAAGUAUGAACAGCUGGAAAGGUCAUGGGGGUCUUUAAUUGUUGUGGACAUUAAGGGUUCUUGGAGUCAAGCAUCUUGAGAAUAACAUUAACUGUAUUAUAUUACCGUAUAUGUUAAUUAUAUUAAAUUUUAUUUUUUACCCCCUGUUCACUUUAGUAGUACUGCAAAUUAAUUUGUUAAAAGUAAAAACUUAAACCGAGUUCUCUCAAUAAGAGUGAAAUUUAUGGUGGGACUGAAAGCUGGAUUAAUGGGUUCUGAAAACAAAAAUGAAUUACAUUGUAAAAUAUAUUCAAAUAGAAAUCUUGCUUUAAAUGUAAAAAAUAUUUAGUAAAAUCUUACUAACCCCAAAUGUUUGAAUGGUACUUAUUGGCUGUGUGCUUGUAGUUUAGGUUUUGUUUUAUGUGACUGGGCAAACAAUAUUUUUUUGAAGUUUGUUGUCCCUGGCACAAAGCUUUUAUUCAAAAUCCUCGGAAGUUGCAUUAAAUAUUCAUACAGUGUUGGAAAAUAGCUUUUGACAGUUUUAAAUGGAUUAUGUAACAUUUUGUUUGAAUGGAUUACUGCAAACGAAAACACACACUGUACAUUGUUUUGAUGUGUCUCCUCUUCCAAACACUGUCCCGUUUCCUUUCUAUAAAGUAUCCAUGCAUGCAAUGCCUUGGGAUGUUUGAGUCUCCACUCAAGUCUGAAUCUAUGGAAAGGGGUUUUUAUAACUGAAUAAAUGACAUAUCAGUUUUAUUUUACCAAAGUCAUCAUUUGUAGCAGUGAAACUUAAUGCAAAAUCACAGCCUUUUUCAACACACACCAAGCUUUAUUUUCUAUUUUUUUAAAUAGUGGAUUCUUUAAAAAUCUGUUGAUUUGGUUAGUCCUUGUCCAUGUGCUUCCAUCUUUCAGCAUCUUCCAGCAUCUCCUGCUGUGAAACGCAUUUAUAAAUGUGAUUCUGUUUAUUUUAAGAGUCAUAUUAAGCAUCAUAUCACUAGCACAAUCCUAAGACUUCAUUAGAUUUUCUUUACCCUGUCUGACGUAUAAAUGGACCAUGUUUACCUUAACUGCACUUUCCACAAAGCCACCAAAAAAAGCAUAAUGCGAAAUGUACAUCAUAUGCGUUCUUGCUGUCUAUGCUCUUAUUUGUUUGAUAAUGUAACUGUCAAUAGUAUUUGUUUGGUGUUGCAGCAAAUUCACAUAUUGUGAUCGUGAUGAUCUAAAAACGUCUAAAAAUGAUAUGUCUAGCAAAGCCACUUAGUUUUGAAAUGUGUAUUUUUGCAUUUUAUUGUCCAUUUGCAAAGGGAAUUUGGGAUUUAAAGUUUUUGUAUACAUUCACAGACUCCUGUGUGUUCCUCCUGAUGUGCAACCAAAAGCUGCCACAAAGGGGCGCUGUUUGCACAGUUUUAAGUUUGGGUUGCUGGUCAUUGACUAUGGGAUGUGUAUAUAAGAGCUUUUCUGUCUCUAGACUCUGUAUUAGUCUUCACUGUGCACUAGAUGUUUAAUAUUUAGCCAUUACAUGGAGAUAGAUUUCAACAUGAGACCUGAAUGGCUUAUCAUAAAAAACAGAUGUGUUAUCUAGCUGGGCUAGAGUUUUUUUCUCCUAUUAAUUUAAUUUAAUACAAUUAAUUAUUAUUAAACUAUAAUGCUUAAAAGCACUAAAAUAAAGUUAUAUUUAUAGUGAGUUUUAAUGUAUUUUGUAAGUGCUAAGCCAUAUACUCCACCACACAGAAUGACACUGAACUCUGUCAAUGUGUCCAUUGCUUUGUUUUCAAGAGUAGAUGGAAAGUUCAUAUUUUCGAGGACUGUGUGCUUCUAUCAGUCCAUUGUGUUGAUACAGAUGCGAAUCGGAGUGUCUUGCAUGAGUGUUUUAGUCUCCGAUGAGUUGAAUCAACUCUGUCUGUGAGAUGUCAGAAAGUUUGCUCCUUUUAUUAACCGUCUUGUUAGCAGUUGCUUUCCUGUUUGUUUUGUGAUUCAAAAUAUGUUUGAGCUGUUUAUAUAUAUAUAUAUGUAUAAAUUUAAAAAAACUACUAAGGGCUUUAACGUUUUGAAUACAUAUCUUAUUGAACGAGUAAUAUUAAAUUGUCACAAAUGGAA